GCGCCACAACGGCUGCCUCGCUCCCGGAAGUGGAGAGUCUACCCAGAGCGCCGCUGGGUCUGGGUGCCCGGAGGCAGGAGUGCUCGCCGAGCUUGCUCGUCAGUCCCGACUGCCAUGUCGGCCUUCGACACUAACCCCUUUGCGGACCCAGUGGAUGUAAACCCCUUCCAGGAUCCCUCUGUGACCCAGCUGACCAAUGCUCCGCAGAGUGGCCUGGCUGAAUUCAACCCCUUCUCAGAGACAAAUGCAGCGACAACAGUUCCAGUUCCCGUCACACAACUCCCUGGGCCUUCACAGCCAGCAGUUCUCCAGCCCUCAGUGGAACCAACUCAGCCAACCCCCCAGCUCCUGCUUAGACAGGCCAGCAAGUUCCUGCCUACUCGAUUCCUGGCAGUGAGUGAGCUCUCAGAGAGGCAGAUGCUACUAGGAGGAGAUAGUAUUCUCAGAGACAGCUACAUGCGAAAGCUUCCGCAGGCUGUGGCAUCUGCAGCCCAGGCAGGCCUGCUUCGGCAGCAGGAAGAACUGGAUAGGAAAGCUGCCGAGCUUGAACGUAAGGAGCGGGAGCUGCAGAACUCAGCGGCCAACUUGCAUGUGAGAGAGAACAACUGGCCACCCCUUCCCUCAUGGUGCCCUGUCAAGCCCUGCUUCUACCAAGAUUUCUCCACAGAGAUCCCCGCUGACUACCAGCGGAUAUGCAAGAUGCUCUACUAUCUCUGGAUGUUGCAUUCAGUGACUCUGUUUCUGAACCUGCUUGCCUGCAUGGCCUGGUUCUCAGGCAGCCCCUCCAAUGGAGUGGACUUUGGCCUUUCGAUCCUGUGGUUUGUGAUCUUCACCCCCUGUGCCUUCCUUUGUUGGUACCGACCCAUCUAUAAGGCGUUUCGAUCUGACAACUCUUUCAGCUUCUUCGUGUUCUUCUUUGUAUUUUUUUGUCAAAUAGGAAUCUACGUCAUCCAGUUGGUUGGCAUCCCUGGCCUGGGAGACAGUGGUUGGAUUGCAGCCCUGUCGACCCUGAAGCAAGAGUCCUUGGCCGUGUCAAUCAUCAUGAUGGUGGUAGCUGGCUUCUUCACCCUCUGUGCCGUGCUCUCCCUCUUCCUCCUAAAGCGGGUGCACUCCCUAUACCGCCGGACCGGGGCCAGCUUCCAGCAGGCCCAGGAGGAGUUUUCCCAGGGCAUCUUCAGCAACAGAACCUUCCGCAGCGCUGCCUCAUCUGCGGCCCGAGGAGCCUUCCAGGGGAAUUAGUCCUCGUCACUCUCUUCCCUCUGCCCUAGCCUUUUCUUUCACCUACCUUCUGACUGCACUAUACAUAGGUGCCUUAUAUGGUGGUUUUGCCCAGCGUGGACCUGGCAAAGGUAUCACAGUGGCUCUUCCUCCUUCCUCAGCAACAAGCUCUCCUUGGAAGAGGAGGGAGUGACAGGGACAUUUUUUUACACACACAAAAAAAUAUCAAAGCUGUCUUUCCUUCUCUAGUG